CCCUAGCCAGCGUCCUCGAGCAUCUAUAGCUCUGACGCAGUCAUGUGUGAUAUUCGUCUUGGUGUUGUGGGUUGUAGACGCGUCACUGACAUAAUCAUAAUGUCACCUAGACAUUCUGUCAACGCGCCACUCAACGCUUUUGCAUCUUACCCCAGGCCAUGGACAUAUCUUGCCCUUCAACAUCAACCUGCGCUUCCUUUCCUGAGUACACCGCUCGUCGAUAUGCAGGCGAGUUGGAGUCGCCAGCGUCGAAUCAAUUCCAUCUUUUCUCCAACGGGGACAUCCCGUUGUCAGUGCCGUGUCUUCGGGCUCUUUCUCUUUAUGAACAAGCCCUGCAGCUUGCGGAUGACGAAUCGUCAUCAUCUGACUCUUCGUUAUCCCCUCAUGCCACUGCCGCCUUUAACGACUUACAUCCGCUGACCUCUGCUCAGCUCGCAACCUUUACCUGCCUUGAGAUGAAAGCUCUUCUCUCUUCUGAUCCAGUCUUCGUUGUCAGCAAAAAAUUCUCCACGCUUGAUGACUCCGAACCUGACCCAGAACUUUGUCGCAACUUUCUACUUGAAGACCCAUGGAUAGCAGUACGUGGGAUCUACUCCGACUUCGUUGUGUGCUCUGGAUGCAGGAGCAUUAUCGCCGGCGAAGAAGACUACCAACGAGAUGUCGAGGCAUGGAUAUCGCAUCGAGAUUCAUGCGCAGGUAUAGAGGAUAAAAUUCUGAACGCUAUCGUUCAAAGUUGGGACGCCCUAGACGCGAUGUCGCUGAUGUGGGAAACGGCGAGAUCGUUAUCGUCACGGACUGACGACAAGAUCGACCCUCUUCCACAUUUCUCAGAAGGGGUUAGAAAGCCCGAUCAUUUUGAGGUAUGUUAUUCUCUAACGGGAACUAUCUCCGUUGACAGCAGUUUCAUGACUACAGGAACGGAAACGGAAUGUUACCUUUGUCAGAGAAUGGCUGGCCCAAAUCGAGUCUUGACCUUUGUAAAGUGCUUGCAAAUUGUGUACACGUUUGAUUAUCUGACGCUGUAAUUCCGUGGGCCGAAUCGUGAAUGACACCAACACCAGAAUAUGGCAGCCCUAUCACCGCGUGAUAUACUAUCAGAUCUUCUAGCUAAUAUA